ACUCCUACUUUGUUAAGAGAACUGAGGCCCAGAGAGGUGACGUGAUUUGCCCAAGGUCACACAGUGAGUGAGCAGAGAGGCAGGGGUUUGACCCAGGGCUGUCAGCCCCCGAGCCUGAGCCCUUCCCUCUUCUGCCCCUUCCUCGCCCCCGACUCGCACCUCCCUACCCCGGCCCCCUCCCCGCUGCUCCCGCGGCCGCCCCGCCCCACCCGUCCUCCCUUUCCUCCCUCCCUCCCUGUGGCCGCGGCGGAGCCACGUGGUGGGCCGGGAAGCCGCGGCCGCUGCCGAGCGCCCGGGCGGCUGCCCCAGCUGGGCAGUGUUGCUCUGCGCUGCGCCGCGCUCGGUGCCUGCGCUCCCCGCUCCGCUCUCCCCGCCAGCUGCCCCGGGGCAGGAGGCGCGCCUGGCCGGCCAGACAAAGGAGGCGCGGCAGAGCCAGCGCGCGGGCGGACAGACCAUGGACUCUGAGCGCGAGCGGCCGGCCCCUGCGCUGAGGAACCCGCGCUCCCGGGCCCGGCCCUAGGUGCCCGGCCCGCCGCCCCGGGCGCCCAGCGAGGAGGACGCAGAGCCCGCCAGGCGCGGAGGCGGCGGCGGCCGCCGAGCCAGAGGGGCGCCGCGGUGGACGGCCCGCGCGGCCCCCGGAGCCAUGGGCAAGUGCAGCGGACGCUGCACGCUUGUCGCCUUCUGCUGCCUGCAGCUGGUGGCUGCGUUGGAGCGGCAGAUCUUUGACUUCCUGGGCUACCAAUGGGCUCCUAUUCUAGCCAACUUCCUGCACAUCAUGGCAGUCAUCCUGGGCAUCUUCGGCACUGUGCAGUACCGCUCCCGGUACCUCAUUCUGUAUGCAGCCUGGCUGGUGCUCUGGGUUGGCUGGAAUGCAUUUAUCAUCUGCUUCUACCUGGAGGUUGGACAGCUGUCCCAGGACCGGGACUUCAUCAUGACCUUCAACACAUCCUUGCACCGCUCCUGGUGGAUGGAGAAUGGGCCAGGCUGCCUGGUAACACCUGUCCUGAACUCCCGCCUGGCCCUGGAGGACCACCAUGUCAUCUCUGUAACUGGCUGCCUGCUUGACUAUCCCUACAUCGAAGCACUCAGUAGUGCCCUGCAGAUCUUCCUGGCUCUGUUCGGCUUCGUGUUCGCCUGCUACGUGAGCAAAGUGUUUCUGGAGGAGGAGGACAGCUUUGACUUCAUCGGUGGCUUUGACUCCUACGGAUACCAGGCUCCCCAGAAGACAUCGCAUUUACAAUUGCAGCCUCUAUACACGUCGGGGUAGCUUCUGCCCCACGCCCACCUUGGCGCCCAGUGCUUGGUGGCUAGACUGACAGCCGCCGCAGCGAGCUCGGGGCCAAGAUGGCAGGCGCGCACCGGGCGGCUCGCGGACGCCUGCAGCCUGCGCCGCUCGGUGGGCCGGGAACUUGGACUCACUUGGCCCUUCACAGCACGGACUUCAGGGGUGGGGUGCGGCCGGGUGGGGGAGGGGAUCGCGGGGUUUGUAUUUUUUUUAUCUCCGCCUUGGCGUGUGCUGGGGCCUCCUUCCCUUCUCCCUUUACCUCUUCAGCCAACAUCCAGUCCCCUGUACAAGAGAAAUGGCAGGACGGACAGAUACCCUAUCUCACCACACUCACUGACCAGCUCUGGGAAGAUUAUCCUGAACUAGGGGCAGCAGUCUGGGGUUCUCAUCAGUGACUCUGUGUGACAUCUGGCAAGGUCCUUGCCUUUUCUGGGCCUCAGUUUCCCUCAAACAAUUAAAAUAAGUCCUCACAGAUGGAGCUCUUUCUAGCUUUCUCAUUUGACUCAAUUCCCUGGGCUAGGCUGGGGAUAUAAUUGCCAUUUUGCCAAUAUGGAAACUGAGGCCCAGAGAUGUGAAGCUAUUUGCUUGAGGCCACACAGCUAUGCUCUUGGUGGAGGCCUUGAACACAGUAUACUUUCUGUAGUUUCAGACUCAAAAACCCAGUGUCUGGUCUCUGAAUUCCAUCCAAUCCCCUUCUAGCCUGGACGCCCUAGAACCCACUGGAUGUACACCACACACACACACACACACCACUGCCACCACCUGCCAGCACCUCUCUUAAAGCAAUAUACCAGUUCUCUUGUUGGGAACCGGAUGGACGGAGCACUGAGUCCUGAAUUCAACCUGCCCCACAGGAAGCCUUCCUUGAUUCGGCCUCUGUUCACCCUUGCCAAACUCUCUCCAAUAUAGGGGGGGCUACAACUCAUUCACCUGCCUCCUUCUAGGUCCCUAAGGCUGCACCCAUGAUUCUCUACCCCUCAGCAACUCCACCAACCCCUGGUGGCUCCAUCCACCUCACCAGUUAGAAGACCUGUGCCUCCAGAACAGAAGAGGGCUUGUCGGUGCUGCCCAGUCACCAGUGUUGACAGACCACCAGCAUUUAUGACCACAACGUCUAGAAGUGACCUCUAACAAGCCCAGAGGAGUUCUGAAGAGGCAGAAUGGGUCAUGGUUGGGGGUCGGGAGGCCAGCACCCUUCCUUGAGAGCAAGCAGGGAUGAAAGCUCAUACCCCCCACCUCCCUCUACUGACACCCCUGAGCACCAUGUGUCCUGUGCACUGGCCAGUGAGUCCAAGAGCAGAAGGAUCAGGCUUCAGCUUCCCAGUCUGGGAAAUAGGAGUGGGGACUAGAAAGGAGGGUGGGAGGCACAGGGAAGCUGCAGGGAAACAGUUUACACACCUGAGCUGGUCCGUGGUGAGCACUCCAUUCCUGGCUCUCCACCUUGCAGUAACAUUCCCUACUGUCUAAGGCCAAAAUAGGCUAGGCUAGGACCCCACCUCACUAUCCUAUCUGCAGUGCUGUGCUAAGGAGCCAGCCUGAGGAAUUCCUCUAGUCCCAGAUGGUCAGCCCAUGUUUUUAUGGGUAUACCUCAAGAAGGGGGCGGUUCCCUUUGGGCCUGGCUGCUACCUUGUUACUGUGCCAACUCCUGCCUCCACCCCCUUUCUCUACUCUUAGCCCCAAGCCCCCUUUCUACUCAACAGGUUUAGCCACUGGUGCUUUGAAGCCUUUUGUUUUUAUAAGACAGUUUUUGCAAGGGGCCAAGUUCUCUUCUCACUGAGACCUUACAAGGCAGGGAGUGUUCCCCUGGUUUCUGUGCAGGUGGGCUGAUUAAAGAUGAUGUUUUCUUCUCUAGCUUCCUGUUCUGCUCUGUGAGUCUGUAGGGUCCCUGCAUGAGAGUGGGCAGGGGCUGGGAGUCAAUGUGCUUGUCAUUCUCAUGCCUGGGGCGUUGGGCUGUGCCUCUGACUGGCUGUGUAGCUUUGUGUAAGUCACUCUGCCUCUCUUUCCUCAUCCAUAAAAUGCAGAGGUGAGACUAAAUGAGUGGGUUCCCAAACCUUGCUUCACAAUCCCUUGGAGAAACUUUCAAUUUAUUUCUCUGAUUUUAAGUUUAUGCUUCCAAAUAUCCUUUGGAUCUUGGCCCUGCCCUCUUCCUGACAAUUCAGUUCCUGACUUGGAAUGAGCUGGCAGAAGGUUGCUUUAGAUAGACUCCUGGGACCUCCUGAAUCCUUUCUGGUGAUACAGCCAGAAUCAGUUUUUUGAAUUUUUUUAAAUUGCAUUUGCUUGCGUGAACAGGUAAUAUGUGAAUAUGGUGCAGAAUUCGGAAAGUUCUAGGGGUUUGUGUCCUCUUACUUGUUUCUCGUAUCUUUUCAAAGAUAGUCAAUUCUUUUUUUAAGUUACGUCAAUAUUUUUCUCCUUUUCACAAAAAUGGCAACAUAU